UGGCUCAGCCUCCGACCCGGGUAGUCUGGAGCCUGCUGGGAGAGCGGUGGCCUGUGAGAGGUGGGUCGUGGAUGGGAUUAGGGGAGGUGGGAGCUAUUUUAACUGUCUGGGCCCUCUCCUGUGCAGGCGUGGGCAUCCCCCGGGGUGGCGGAACGAGGGCGCUCCUUCCAGCUUCCGAGUCUGGCCAGCCUGGGUGCGGGGCGCCGCCCCCGAGACACCCGAGGGAUUCAGUACUCCCUGGUUCCCUGGACCGUGGAGGUUCGCGCGUAGUGGCGGCGAGAGCCUGUCUCUUGUGGCUCAGCGCCGUGGGGAGGUUGACGCAUACUUGCGGAGGUCGCACCUGGGCGUGAGGAGGAGAAUGAGGAGGAAGGGCAUGAGCCGAGCCUGAGGAAUCCGUGGUCCCGACUCUACACUCCAGGGUGGCCCUUGGGUAGGGUGAAAUCCCUGUCUUUGUCCUCGUUCCCCACCUUGGUGUGGGUCACUGGCUGCAGGAUGAACUGUCGCUCGGAGGUGCUGGAGGUGUCAGUGGAGGGUCGGCAGGUGGAGGAGGCCUUGCUGGCUGUGUUGCACACGGUGCUCCUGCACCGCAGCACUGGCAAGUUCCACUACAAGAAGGAGGGCACCUACUCCAUUGGCACCGUGGGCACCCAGGAUGUCGACUGUGACUUCAUCGACUUCACCUACGUUCGUGUCUCUUCUGAGGAACUGGACCGCGCCCUGCGCAAGGUUGUUGGGGAGUUCAAGGAUGCGCUGCGCAACUCUGGUGGCGAUGGGCUGAGGCAGAUGUCCUUGGAGUUCUACCAGAAGAAGAAGUCUCGCUGGCCUUUCUCAGAUGAGUGCAUCCCAUGGGAAGUGUGGACGGUCAAGGUGCACGUGGUAGCCCUGGCCACAGAGCAGGAGUGGCAGAUCUGCCGGGAGAAGGUGGGCGAGAAACUUUGUGAGAAGAUCAUCAACAUCGUGGAGGUGAUGAAUCGGCACGAGUACCUGCCCAAGAUGCCCACACAGUCGGAGGUGGAUAACGUGUUUGACACAGGCUUGCAGGACGUGCAGCCCUACGUCUACAAGAUCUCCUUCCAGAUCACCGAUGCCCUGGGCACCUCCGUCACCACCACCAUGCGCAGGCUCAUCAAAGACACCCUUGCCCUCUAAGCCCACCCGGUCCCCGGGAGCUC